UGUUACGAUAGCUAUUAGCACAGAGUUGAGAGUAGGAACUAGGAAGAGGAAUCACGAAUGGCUCAGUUCUGGAAACCUGGCACCGAGAAGCCUCGCCUCCUCGACGACGAAGAAGGCGGCGUCCUUUUCUUGUCAUCUUCUCUCUCUUCCUCUUCCUCCGGAUAUGGGCAUGCGAGUAUUGAGAAACAGAGGCAGAGAUUGCCAGUGUACAAAUACCGUACCGCUCUUCUUUAUUUGGUGGAGACACAUGCUACUACUAUCGUUGUUGGCGAGACUGGAAGUGGCAAAACCACUCAGAUUCCCCAGUACCUUAAAGAAGCAGGCUGGGCUGAUGGUGGUCGUGUUAUUGCUUGCACUCAACCAAGACGAUUGGCUGUCCAGGCAGUUGCUUCAAGAGUGGCAGAAGAGAUGGGGGUCAAGGUUGGGGAGGAAGUUGGUUACACAAUUCGAUUUGAAGAUUUGACAAAAAAAGGUGUAACUAUGAUAAAGUUUCUGACCGAUGGGGUGUUACUCAGAGAAAUGAUGGAUGAUCCUCUUUUGACUAAAUACAGUGUCAUAAUGGUGGAUGAGGCUCAUGAAAGGUCUAUUUCAACUGACAUUUUACUAGGCCUCUUGAAAAAGAUCCAACGGCGUCGACCACAGCUGCGUCUUAUCAUCUCAUCUGCUACAAUUGAAGCAAAAUCAAUGUCUUCUUUCUUUCAGGCGAGGAAAAACCGUCGAGGUUUGGAAGGAGAGGAGUUUGUACCCAAGAUGGAGCCUGCAAUCCUAUCAGUAGAGGGUAGAGGGUUUAAUGUACAAAUUCACUAUGUUGAGGAGCCUGUCUCAGACUAUGUACAGGCAGCUGUUUCAACAAUGGUAUUAAUUAAUGAUCAGGAACCUCCUGGUGAUAUCCUGGUAUUUCUUACUGGUCAAGAUGAUAUUGAUACUGCUGUUCAUUUACUUACUGAAGAAGCUCGGAUCAGUCGGAAGAACUCUUCAGGAUUGAUCAUAUUGCCUUUGUAUUCUGGACUUUCUCGGGCAGAACAGGAGCUAGUAUUUUCUCCCACUCCUAGAGGAAAGAGGAAAGUGGUGAUAUCAACAAAUAUAGCAGAGACAUCAUUGACCUUGGAGGGAAUUGUUUAUGUUGUUGACAGUGGUUUCUCGAAACAGCGGUUCUACAAUCCAAUCUCAGACAUUGAAAAUCUGGUAGUGGCUCCAAUAUCAAAGGCAUCUGCUAGACAAAGAGCUGGUAGGGCUGGAAGAGUUCGGCCAGGAAAAUGUUACAGGUUAUACACAGAAGAGUACUUUGUAAAUGAGAUGUCUGCUGAGGGGAUCCCAGAGAUGCAGAGAUCAAACCUGGUUUCUUGUGUCAUUCAGUUAAAAGCCUUGGGCAUAGACAAUAUAUUGGGCUUUGAUUGGCCAGCAUCUCCACCGCCUGAAGCAAUGGUCCGAGCACUUGAAGUGCUUUAUUCACUUGGAGUUCUUGAUGAUGAUGCCAAACUUACAUCACCUACUGGGUUUCAAGUUGCAGAGAUUCCUUUGGACCCAAUGAUCUCCAAAAUGAUCUUGGCUUCAAAUGAACUUGGAUGCUCAGAGGAGAUUAUAACAGUUGCUGCGGUUCUCUCCAUCCAAUCUAUAUGGGUUUCUGCUAGGGGAGCACAAAAGGAACUGGAUGAAGCCAAGUUAAGGUUUGCUGCUGCUGAGGGUGACCAUGUCACAUUUCUAAAUGUUUACAAAGGUUUUCUUCAGUCUGGUAAAUCUUCACGGUGGUGUCAUAAGAACUUUGUAAACUACCAGGCCAUGAAAAAAGUUAUUGAAAUUAGAGAACAACUCAGAAGAAUUGCCCAGAGAAUAGGCAUAGUGUUAAAAUCUUGUGAAAGUGAUAUGCAAAUUGUAAGAAAGGCAGUUACUGCAGGAUUUUUCGCCAAUGCAUGCCAUUUAGAAGCAUAUAGUCAAAGUGGGAUGUACAAGACUAUCAGAGGUUCUCAAGAAGUUUAUAUUCAUCCAUCGUCGGUGUUAUUCAGAGUUAAUCCAAAGUGGGUAAUAUACCACUCCCUGGUUUCAACAGACAAACAAUACAUGCGUAAUGUCAUCUCCAUUGAUCCUUCUUGGCUGUUAGAAGCUGCUCCUCAUUUUUACCAGCACCAGCGGCUCAACCCCAUCGGCCACUAA